UGAAAGAUUAUAAGUGUAAUUCUGAAGGGAAAGAACAAAGUACAUAUAAAUUUAUGAGUAGUUAGAGAUAAGUGAGAGCAGAGUCAGAUUCCAAAAAUGGACAACCCAAUCCUCUUCCUCUUACUAUUCCUUCUCACCCCAUCGCAUCUCGCCACGUCAGACCCUCUAAACCCCCUCACAAUCACGCUCUCCGUCGCCGAUUACGGCGCCACCGGCGACGGCCUCCGCUACGACACGGAUGCGAUCCAGUCCGCCAUCAACUCCUGCCCGGAGGGCGGUCCCUGCCGCGUCACCUUCCCGGCGCCGGGAAAAUACCUGACGGCCACCGUCUUCCUGAAGUCCGGCGUGCACUUGAACGUGGAGCCCGGGGCCACCAUCCUGGGCGGCACGAGGCUAGAGGACUACCCCGAGGACUCGUGGCGGUGGUACGUGGUGGUGGCGGAGAACGCGACGGACGUGGGAAUCGGCGGCGGCGGAGUGGUGGACGGGCAGGCUGCGGAGUUCGUGGUGAGGGAAGAUCCGAGGAAGAAUAUUAUGGUUAGUUGGAACCAAACGGGGGCUUGCUUAGGAGACGAAUGCAGACCUAGACUCGUCGGUUUUCUUGGUUGCAGCAAUGUUAGUGUCUCUAACAUUACUCUCAAUCACCCUGCUUAUUGGUGCUUACACUUGGUGCGGAGUAACAACAUAUCCAUUCACGAUAUUGCAAUUUAUGGGGACUUUAAUAUACCGAACAAUGAUGGGAUUGAUAUUGAGGACUCAAACAACACGGUAAUCACUCGAUGCCACAUUGAUACAGGGGAUGAUGCAAUCUGUCCAAAGUCAUCCACAGGCCCUGUUUACAACCUUACGGUCACUAAUAGUUGGAUUCGAUCCAAAUCUUCUGCAAUUAAGCUCGGGAGUGCUAGUUGGUUUGAUAUGAAGUAUUUUGUGUUUGACAAUAUCACUAUUGUGGAUUCUCAUAGAGGGAUUGGAUUCCAGAUCCGUGAUGGAGGAAAUGUAAGUGACAUUGUAUUCUCUAACAUAAAUAUCAGCACAAGAUACUAUGACCCAUUAUGGUGGGGGAGAGCGGAACCUAUCUAUGUCACAACUUGCCCACGAGACUCAACUUCAAAGGAAGCAUCAAUAUCAAACGUUCUUUUUAUUAACAUUACAGCAAAUUCUGAAAAUGGUAUCUUCUUGUCUGGUUCAAAGGGAGGAUUGUUAAGAAAUUUGAGAUUCAUCAACAUGGACAUCACUUACAGAAGGUUCACCAGUUAUGUUGGUGGGUUAUUGGACUAUAGGCCAGGAUGCCAAGAGUUGGUUAAACACAGGACUGCGGGCAUGAUGAUGGAGCACAUUGAAGGUCUUGAGGUUAAGAAUGUUGACAUGAGAUGGUCAAACAAUGAACUAGAGCACUGGAAUAAUCCUUUAGAGUUCAGGCCAUCUACUGUGAAUAACAUCUCUUUCCAUAAUUUUAAUAGCAAAUCAAAUUAUUAACUUUGGGUCUGCAAUGGGACAAUGUCGAGAACACAUUAACCAUCGAGGGAAUGGGGAAGAAGUUCAAAAGACGGGUGGAGCAUUUGUUCUGUACAUUAAAGAGAGAGAGAGAGAGAUCAAUUGUUAAUCCUGAUCUAGUGCUUCACUUUUUGCAUCUGUAAUAUGAAUGUCAUUGAUUUGUAAAAUUGAUACUUCUCAGUGAAAUUUGGAUUGAUUUCAUGGAGAAUAAAAGUUAGCCAAAAGAUA